AUGAGUUUUAGUAUAUUGAUGACUAGUGAGAUGUCUUGUACAGUUCAUCCAUUCGGUUUGGAAGUGAUUCAUAUAAAUGGUCAAUUAAUUGUAGGUCAAUAUCCUCCCAUAUCUCAUAGAUCACCUCCAUCAUAUCCGCGCCAGGGUGACUGUACAUAUAGAUAUUACCAAAUAGACUUACUCUACACAUUCGAUUUGAAAUGUUGGCUCACGGUAAUGGGUCUUGGCGAUCUAUUUCAUUGGAACUCGACAUUCAGGUGUCCUACUUGCUUAGGUACUGGUUCAUCUGGAAAAGUGGAUCCUGACACUCAAGAGAAGAUCGACCAUUCUACAAUUGGGAAUGUUGCUGGAUUCUUUGAGCCACGUACUAGAGAGCUUAUGAGGAAGGAAGGACAGAGAGUCAAUAAUAAGCUAGAAAAGUCAAAAGCCAAAAACCCAAAGGUCGAAAUGAGGAGCUUCUCUGACAUCGAAGACUUCCUCAAGUGUACGGCUAAACUGACAUUGAUAACGGUCUCACCAGGUACACUCUUGCAUGGACAGCCUUAUACAUUCUAUGACCGAUUCAAACAGUCAGCUGUUAACUAUAUGGAAUAUAUAAAUAUCUUGAUUGAUAUUCUUAUUAAGACCUUGUCGAAUCAUUCUGUAUAUAAUAAUGAUAAGUUAGAAUUGCCACAACAACAAGAACAACAACAACAUGAACAACAACAAGAGCAACAAGAACAACUACAAGAGCAACAAGAACAACAAAAACAGCAUCUAUCAACCUCAUUUCCACCACCAAUAGUAAGAGAUGUCAGAGAAUCCAAAAGAAGAAAGAUGUUUGAUGAUAGAAUAGAAGAACUAAGACAAAUGAUACAGCAACAAUCAUCAACAUUAAUGCAACAAAAUGUAGAUGCUUUACAAAGAGUGCUUGAAGAACAAGAAAAACAACAACAACUAUCAGAAGAAGAUAGUGGUAACGUUAAUGAAAGUGAUCAUACUGCACUGAGACGUCAAUGGGAAGAGUUGAGAAAGAUAGAGAAAGAUAGACAGCGAAAUCAACAUUUCAAUAUGUCCAAUUUUGAUUUAAAUAGUUUAUUUGGAAUAGAGUCAAUUGAAGUUGCUCCAACAGAUUUCAACUGUAAACCAAAGUUUCUUUUAAAUCAAAGAGUAUCUGUAUUGUAUGGUGUUGACGAAGAUAUAGAUUGUGCUUAUUAUUAUUCUUGGUGGGAUGGUCACAUUAUAGAUUAUAAUAAGAAAGAUAAUACAUAUAGAGUUGCAUUCAAAGAUGAAGUAAUUGCUAACUAUUACAGUGUUGAUUAUAUUACAAGACAAAGUGCAACAGAAAGUAUUUCGAAUGAUAGAAUGGUAGAAGGUAGAUAUGUAUUGUAUACCUACAAAGCUGAUAAAACCCAUGUUUUCUGUGCUGUUAUAAACUCUAUAAUAACUAAGAAAAACAAAAAAACUCUAACAAUUAGACUAUUAAAAACUAAUGAAAUAAUUGAAAAUGUUAAUCCUGAUGCUUGUUAUGAGUUCUUUAUCGAAAAUCAUCAAGUCAAAGCAUUUUUUCCUUGA